CAAAAACGGCCUUCAGUAAGUUUUAAAUUUACACGGAGACGGAUUGUGAUCAGAGUUGUUACACUUCUCAUCAGCACAGCUAUAAGGAAACAAAACAUGUGGAAUAAUGCUUUCAAUUGACAUGUAGUAUGAACACACAAUUGGUUGAAUAUUCAUCUAGUGAUGAAGAAAAAACUGAAAAACUGGAGCUGCCUACAAUACUUCAAGAUUUAAAUUCUGAUUCCUUUCGUUUUUUUGUUCGUAAAGAUGAUCCUUCGAAGCAUGAUUUUCGUAGUAGAACUUUUCCUCAUGAACCUGGGAGUUGGGCCACUUCCGUGUAUAUUGCAUGUUCUCAUUUGCAUUCUAGAAUACUUGAGGCGAUCAAAGACCCCGUAGUUCAAUCAAAUCCUGUAAUGGGUGAUUGUUAUACUGUGGAUUCUCCUCACAUAAGUUUGUCGAAGACAUGGCCUAUUUAUUUUCAUUGGAUUGAAAAUCUCGUUUGUAAUCUUCGUUCUGCUGUAAGCUCUUUUGGAAAGUUCUGGAUUGCGCUUGAUGGCGUAGAAGUUCUUGUAAAUGAAGAAAACACACGAUCCUUUUUCACUUUAGUAACUUCUGAAGAGUCACGUAUAGCACUGAUAUCUCUACUCAAUUCUGUUGAUUCAUGCGUCACUGCGUUUAGAGGGCCAAAGUAUUAUGAAAAUCCUAAAUUCCAUAUGAGUUUUUUGUGGUGUAAUGGGGAUGUUCGUAAGAAGUAUUCAACAGAAACACUAAACAGUUUUUUGAUGGAUUUGCGAAAAGCAAUAUUUGUAGAAUCUCAACAAAUAUCCCAUGAAGUUACAGAUGUAGUGUGCAAAAGCGGAAAAAAAUAUUUCGACAUAAAUAUAUUGUGAUCUUUUAUGUAAAUAGAUGUACUGUGCUUUGAAAUAUUCAUAUUUCUCGACAAGCUUAUUUAUUUUGAAGCGUACAAAACCUUGCACAAAAAAAUCUUAUUAACAUUAAUUUAAAAUAAACCGGAAUAGUUUAGUAUUACAGAGGGAUAUGAGUCCUAAGAGGAAAAGUGAGAUAUUUAGUGGCCCGAUAUCUGACCCCAAGUGGAUCGUACGAUUGAUUGCCGUCGAAAUAUAUACAUCGCCAAUCCUCGUAUAUACUUAUCGACUUGAAUCGUGUUGGUGAAUAACGGAAUCAAAUAAGCUGAAUACGAGAGUGGGUUUUUGAAUACGUAUAUUUCCUACAGUCAUUGAUCUGGACGGACAAUCAGAGGUACGAAGCGAAGGGAAGAAAGCAAAGCGAAAUGAUGCCCGGUGAAGGCGUGUGAGCUAACUCGAUUUAAUCAAGCGUUAUUCGAUAUUUAUGGCCACACAGACAUGUGACGAGUAAGAUAAGAAAUGCGCACAUACACUCCCCCCAAAUGCCCCGGUACGGCCGGGAGUGGGGGGGUCAGCUUUCCAUGUCGAAAUGCUCUUACAUGACCACGUGCAUACAACCACCGCCAGGAAAGUCCUAUUCACUGCCUUCUCGUGGCAGGGACGUUGUUUACGAAACUAUAGCUUACGAACAAGCCAAUUAAUCCAUUCUUCUUGAGUCACGUUUUUAACUUGUUGAUCACUCACUUAUCAACCCUGACUGUUUUUAUAUGAUCGUAUGUGUGUGUACACUUUUUAUCCUCUGGAGGAGGUACCUACUUAUGAGAAGC